CAACAAAUCAUCAACCACUUUCAAUAAACUAAAACUUAUCCAGAAAGUCCAAAUCAGACAGAAGAAAACAUAAUAUAAACUGAAAAAAUAACAAUGAACUUUUGAAGUUAAUCGGACUUAAAAAAAUUCAGACUUUACCCCACGUUUUCCAGUCGAGAAAGAGCCGGCAAUCCAAAAUCAAUUGCUUUUUAGGCCACUGAUCGAACUGAGCGAGUCAAAGACAUGAAGCAGCAGAGUCAUCUGCUCAGACUCAAUGCUAUUGCUUCAUCUUCAUCAUCAAUUUCCAACUUCUUGAUUCCUUCUUUUCCCCGUCCUUCUUCCAUCCCUCUGCCUAAACUGUCCUUCUCGUCUUCUCGACCCUUUCGCAGUACUGGUUUCCUCCUUCGUUCUGGCGCCGCCCCUUCUUCUGGCUUCAUCUGCAGGGCAAAGAGUGAUAAUUCAGCAACAAACAAAUCGGAAGAUUCUUAGAAACGAAUAAUAUACUAAAGCCACUUAUAUGAUGAUUUUACUAGAUUUGAUAUCACCAUUGGAACUUGGGAAGCCGAAUCAGACUCACAAACCGGAGAAGCAUGUGAACGGAAUAUUCUGGAUUCUACUUCUUAAUAUUGGGAUAUACAUUGCAGAUCAUGUAUUUCAGGUGCGAUGGAUAAAAGCUCUGUAUUUGUACCACAACCGGCCUGCUUGGUUCCAAUUUGUGACUGCAACAUUUUGUCAUUUUAAUUGGAAUCAUCUUUCGAGUAACCUCUUUUUCUUAUAUAUAUUUGGAAAGCUUGUUGAGGAGGAAGAAGGGAAUCUUGGGUUGUGGCUUUCAUAUAUCCUAACUGGUGCUGGAGCCAAUUUUGUGUCAUGGCUGCUUCUGCCAAGAAAUGCUGUUUCUGUUGGAGCAUCUGGUGCAGUAUUUGGACUGUUUGCUGUUAGUAUCCUUGUAAAGAUGUCCUGGGACUGGAGAAAGAUCCUUGAGGUGCUCAUUUUGGGCCAGUUUGUUAUAGAGAAGGUGAUGGAAGCAGCUCAGGCUUCAGCAGGGAUAGGGGGUGGUUUUCGAGGAGCCUUACAAAAUGUGAAUCACAUAGCACAUCUUUCAGGUGCUUUAAUUGGUGCGGCUUUGAUAUAUCUUCUCAGCAGACUUUCGUCACAACCAUCAGAUAUGAAUGCCGGGAGCAUGCACAGUGGAAAGAUGAAUUGAUACGAAGUAGUAGGUAUACUGAAUUAAACCUAAUGGAUUCCUUUUCAAAAAAAAAAAAAAAAACAACUAAUGGAUUGACUCGAAUACUGAAAUAUUUACUCAGGGUGAGUUAUCUUGAACUAAAUUUCAUUCAAUCUUAUUGAAUUCUGAAUUCUUCUGAGAGAAGAUUACAACUAAGAGCCCCCAAAAGAAACAGUUCCAACGUUACAAGAGUAGUCUACCCACAAGAAAACCUUUUUAACAGAUUAUUCCAAAUCAAUCUUUUUUUUUUUUUUUUUGGACUACACAUCAAUCUUCGGUUUCGAUAUGUUGUAGCUAUGAAAACACUGUAUCUGGUCAGCAUUAACACAUCCUCUGUUCCACAUUCUAGAGAAGCUCAAGUAGCCUGAACAUCAUCUGCAUAAGCCCGUGGCAAGCCAAGAUGACAGUCCCGAAAAGUUAGCUCUAGUAGUCUAGUGCUCUAGUCUAAUCCACCACUAUCAGCUAUGCAAGUCACCUGCAGUAAAUAGCUUGGUCUAUACGGACAGGAAUCUGCUUGAUUUCAGUUCCAAGCUCUUGCUCUAUGUUAUACCUGAAACAGAGAUAUUGAGAAUUGAGCAUUCAUCAGUCAACAAUCCUUCUCUGGUGCUCCAGGAAGACUUGCAGGCUGCAAAUGCAGAAACACACUGAUAAAUUGAGACGGUCUUCAUGUGUUAUCAACUUCACAACCAGCCAGCCUUCGUCUAACUGAAUAGCACCCGAAAAAUUAUUCUCAACGUAAGCAAGCCUUCAAAUUAGGAGGGAAAAGACAGCAAAAUUUCAAGGUCCUGAACAGGCAAAAUGGUCAGAAAGGUAAUGUUUCCAGUACCUUGUAAAAGGAUCCAGCCCUGGAGUCCACCAUCCGUCCAGGAGGCAACCAUUCAGGAAGAACAUCAUUGUCCACUACAAUCUGUGACAACAGUUCUCAUCUAAGAAUUUGAACAGAAACAGUAGCUAAGCAAUAAUAUUAUACUCACUGGAUCAUAUUUACUCUUGGAGGGACAGCUUUCCUGUUUUUGUUCAGUCACUAACUGCAAAGUUCCGUCACUAGUCUGCAUUUAUCGUAUGAAAGGUCGCUUUUUCUUGGAGUAUAACUUUAGGUCCUUUUCUGGAUGAGUAUAGUGCUGCAAGAUAAAGACGCAUUUUGAGAAAACUCUGAAACAAGUAUUAUCCAUAUGUAAAUAUAUACUGAACUAGACUAGGUUGUGACUGGUGCUACAAUCACCAGUUCUCGGACAAUGGUGAUUUGCAACAAAACAGACUGCGAAAGAUCAAAACUUGAAGAAAGUAUUAGAAUUGAUAACUUCAAUAAUUACUCAGCAUACAGUUCUGUGAUGAAUGAAUAGAAAAGAUUAAAGAACAAG